GCGCAGCAAGCAUCUAAAUGGAGCGUGUGUGAGCUCGCCAUGCUGGUGUGUGGGCAAUCCUAGCCUUGUGAAAGUGCAGGGGGGUGUGGCAUGAACUUGUUGUGAAUCCAGAGGCGGGUUUCACCAGCUGUAAAGCAGCUCCUGUGAAUGUGAGAGUGAGUUAAUGAGUGGGCAGAUUCCUCCCAUAUAAGAUGUCGCAGUUGGCAGAACGGGAGAUGCUCAUUCACUCUACCAAGAUGGAAACAGCUGUCUUCAUCCAAGACGCUCAUCUGCCCCAGGAGUCCUCAACAACUUCCAAAGCCAACCUCGAGUCCAGGGAUCUCCAGAGCAGGACCAUGAGGCUAAUGCUGGGACUCAUCUCUGGGCUGGUGUUGCUGGUUGUAGGGAUGGUGGGACUGUGUAUCUGGAUGUAUCUGUAUCCCAUUGCAGAGAAGAUAAAUGAGGCAACCCCUACUGCUGCUGCUUCUGCUACACAAUGCGAAAGGGUCAACUUGACCAUGUCAGAGGGGAAAGUCUUCAAAGUACCACAUGAUGGGACCUAUUUCAUCUAUGGCCAGGUGAAGAGGCAGCACGAAAAGGCCGAAAAAGACUGCAAUGAUGAGAUCAGGUUGUGCUGGAAUAAGACCAAAACCUCAGGCAAUAAAGAAUGCAAGAAGGGAAACGUUCCUAGUAACUCUCCUGUAGUUGAGAUCAUGGCCGUUGAUGUCCAGCUAGAGAAAAAUAGUGAAAUAUCCUUUGAACUGAACUGCAAACCAUUCGAUACGACAGCUUCUUUUAGAGUCUUGCGAGUAUGAUAUGAAAUAUAUAUUACAUCAGUUGUACUCAUGUAGAAGGACUUUAAACGGGCCAAGGGCUUUACUUAAGCUUCUUCUAAAGUCUGCGUUAUGUCCGAACACUUGUGCUGUACUGUAGUUUAUUUUUCAGUGCCUCUAUACCUUUAAAGUUCGUCUGGAUGCUUUUGCAUCCACCACUGUUGCAGUAAAUAAGAUAACACAUGUAACACAUGGAAAACUACAUUUAUAGUAUCUCUGUAUGCUUCAUAGUGAAUGCCUCAUCUUUUUGGAUAAUAGUGAAGUGCUGUGUAUGAGUAGAUUCAUUUUUAAAUAAAAUUACCUGGUGUAAAUCAUAAACUGAAACCCCUAAUAUAUAUAUAAAUUAAUUAUCAUAGUAUCGUUUAAAAUUUUUAAUUUUUAAUUGUUUGAAAAAUACACACACUGUGAUGUAUGUUACAUUGUCAUUCUAUAGUGUGUCUUGUUGAUGAAUGCAUUACUUUUGAAUGUGAACAUAAUAAAGC